AUGAAUACACCAUAUCCGAUACGCGAAACGGGGCAAACCGACGGAGCAUGCAUCCAGAUCGGCAGUCUCGUCCCGCUAAGCCCACCCGGCUGGAUCGAUGCUGGCAGGCACCUGCUCGCGGGACUCGAACUGGCCAUCGAAGAGAUCAACACUGCCGGCGGCAUCUCCGGGAGGCCACUCAAACUGGUGGUCAGGGACACUGCGGCUGAUGCCCAAAAGGUCGCCGCGGCCGUCGACGAACUGGCUGGCCUAGGCGUUGCCGCCUUAGCGGGUGAGUACCACAGCGUUGUUGCUCGCGCCGCCGCCGCCAGGGCCGAUGCCGUUGGCCUGCCAUACCUCUGUUCGUCUGCCGUUCUCGACGAACUCACAGAACAGCCGACAGACUGGGUUGCCCGCCUCGCGCCCGCGCAGUCCCACGGCUGGUGCACCUAUGCCGACUUCCUUCUGGCCACGGGCCACAACAGCAUCGCCAUAGCUGCCGACCCGACGAGCAUCUACUGGGCGUCUGGAUGUCGCAUCCUGCGGGAGUAUCUCGCUACACGCGGCGGAACCGUCAUCGAAUUCGACAUACGCGCGCUUACACCUAUCGCCAUAUGCGACGAGCUCGUCCGGCGAGGUGGCUGCGCGACGGCACUCCUCCUCCUAGUCGGCCUGCCAGAGCCGGCGGUUGCGAUCGUUAAGGCCGUUCGCCGCGAUCAGCGCCUCUCCCGGCUCAUGAUGGGUGCUCCUGCCGGACAGCCCGAGUUGGCCGAAUGGGCGAGGUUGCUUGGCGACGAUGGCGCUGCGAUCUCUUUCCUCCGUUACCUGCCCGAGCGGCUUAGUCCGCUGGGCGCACGCAUCAAGGCCGUCCUGCGCGACAGGCUGGCUGAGACGCCCUCUUUCGUCGCCUUCGAAGGCUACGACACGAUCACUGUCCUCGCCGACAUGCUGCGUUCUCAUGGCACUGACCGGACACGUACUGCUCCGUCUUGGUCACGCGUUGCCAUCCAAGGCACCCGCGGUCAUAUCAGCUUCUCCCGCAUCUCAGGCAUCAAUGUCUGGCAAUGGAUGUGGCCGCCAGUCCAAGUCGUCGAUAGGGACCCUGCGCAACCCAACCGCUUCCGGAUCCUUUACGUACCUGAGUGA